AUGCACCUUAUCGAGGAAUAUGGUGGUCUCUCAUACUACUCCUUAAACACUUCCAAAACACAAGCAUUAGGGUUACGUUUAGAUCCCCUAGCCCUCACACAUCUACGUAAAACCUACCAAUUCGAAUGGCGCACGAACGAUAUUAAAUACCUAGGCCUGACGUUCACCAAAAAAGCUUCCGAAAUGUUCCCAACUAACUACACCAAAGUAUGGAAUGAGUGCCUGACCUUGAUAAGGGGCUGGGAAAAACUGUUCCUUACUUGGACGGAACGUAUUGUGGCUAUUAAAAUGUCGGUACUACCGAAACUUCAAUAUGUGUUUCGGAACCUCCCGUUAAAGGUACCACAAUCUUACUUUAAAACCAUACAAUCGAAGCUACUGCAGUUUACCUGGGGAGCAAAACGGGCGAGAAUUUCUUGCAAACUACUAUCCGCACCAGUGAAACACGGGGGCAUGGCGUUUCCGAAUGUAAAAGCCUACUAUCAGGCGGCAGUCUUAACCCCUCUAUUAACACAUUUGGUGAGGAACAACCAACCACAAUGGGUACACCUAGAGAACCUAGCUGUUAAGCCCUUUGCAAUCAACAUCCUGAUAUGGUUGCACAAAACAAACAGACCAACUACACCGUUACUACCCCUACAAGUACAAUUAGCAUUACAAAUUUGGGACACGCAUAGUAGGAAGUUUGAGACAGCCAACCCCCUCUCCAUGGCAACUCCCAUAGAAGCCAUAACAUACUGCAUCCCAACAUUUCACGCAAUGCCGUGGAAGGGCAAGGGAAUCUCACACCUAGCUCAGGUCUUUGAAUCAGGCAAGCUGAUGAGUUUUGACCGUCUCAACACGAUCUUUAACCUUCCACACACAUCAAGUUAUUCAUACAUCCAACUUAAAUCCUUUCUACACACACGCAAUAAAGAUAGUAGAAAUGAGACUACAAUUACCAGUGAGCUAUCGACCUGGGAACAAACAGGCAUCACAGGCAAACUACCCCAGACCUUCAAACCCUUAUCUGGAUGCUACAGACUUAUUCUGCCAUACCAAUCCCUCUCUGACUCCACUCCAGCACACCAAUGGGAAAUGGACCUCCAAACUCCCAUCACUGAGAGACAGUGGUCUUCCAUCACAUCUUCCACUAGAAAAUUGAUCAAAUCUGCUCCCCUUAUAGAACAACACCAGAAAACAAUAUAUCGGUGGUAUAUGGUGCCGCUACGUAUACAUAAACUGUAUCCCACUGCGUCUCCGACGUGUUGGAGAUGCAAACAAGAGAAAGGCUCGGUCCUCCACAUUUGGUGGAAAUGUCCACGCCUAGUCAGGUAUUGGGAAGACACACGAAAAAUCAUUGCAGAUACUACUACCAUCCACCUACCCCUUGACCCUAAGACCUUUUUACUGUUAGAUAUACCCAGAGAAACACCCACACAAGCGAGAAAAUUAAUGUACCACGUCCUGCUAACCGCACAAAAACUGAUAGCACGACUCUGGAAAACAACAGAAACCCCUAGCAUUCCUGCCCUCAUCCAAGACAUAGACAAGCAGGCUAUUUACGAAACAAGCUUUUCCAAAGCGCAGAAUAGCACCAAAUGCAGUGGUAGCACAUGGGAACAGUGGCGAGCUUGGAGAAAUGCUAACGCACAACACGUACCCACCAAUAACAACUUAACUAACCACAAAAGCUAA